GUGACGCUGUUCUGCAUGCCGGUGCAGAUCGCGAAGUCCGUAACACUGCUGUGGUACUUCGGCGAGGUUAUGUGCAAGACUGUCAACUUUUUGCAAGGAGUAGCAGUAGCUUCAAGCGUGUUCACCAUCACAGCGAUGUCGGUGGACCGGUACCUGGCCAUCACACAGUCUCUACGACAACCCUGGAUGCCGUCAAGACGAGGAGCCUGUAGUCUUCUAGCAGGACUCUGGCUAGUAGCUCUGGCCAUCUUCGCUCCACUUCUAGCAGUAGCUACAGUUGAGAGGGAGUACGUUCCUUCACUGUCAAGGACGCGAAAUGGAUCGGUUUGGGUCGAGCGCAGCAUCGAGUUUUGCACAGAAAAAUGGCCGGACUCAAUAAAAAAGGAAUUGUUUGGAGCGUUCAGUUUCGUCCUAGUGUAUGCUGUGCCCGGCUGCAUAGUGGUGGUAUCGUAUUCUCUGAUGGGGCGGAGGCUGUGCUCCGUGCUACCUCCAUUCGACCAGACGGAGGGCAGCGCUAAUAGCCAACAGCGUCUAAGGAUCGUGAGGGAGAGGAAGAGAGUAGCCUGGAUCCUGCUACUGCUGGCAGUACUCUUCGCUCUGUGCUGGUUGCCCUACAACAUUCUGCAGCUGCUGAUAGACGUGAACGCUGUCAACGUGGAAUCCGUGUCUGCGAUACUGCCGUACACGUUGUUAUUGGGGCACACGAACUCGGCGAUCAACCCUAUCGUGUACUGCCUGAUGACGCGCAACUUUCGCCGGUCUCUGCGCAAGCUCAUCUGCCACGAUCCGGGUAACAUACACUCUAGUACUCAUUUCCAUAUGCAAGGUUUACGUCAAAAAUCCAACACGUCUAGCAUGAGGACUUGCACUACUGUAACUUUCAGGAGCAGCAACAACCAAAUAGGAAGGAUCGCUACCGGACCUCCGAGCAUACAAUAUGGCAGGGCCAACAGAACCGCAUCUUUUAGAGAUAACGGAUGGAAGGACAGAUACCAAAAGACCCCGCAAUUUUUGUAAUAAACGACAUUAAAUGUGAGAAUCAAUAUAAUAUUUUUAAACUUAAUUAUAACGACAAAAAUGACCCGCAUCAGGCUUGUUAGAAGUUCUUUAAACUGUCAAACACCAAGCGGUCACCGGUGACCGCAACCUAUUGUUCUAUAAUUGUGUCUACAAUACCGGUACUCGACGAGUUAAACAGCAAAAAUUUACUCUUUUAACACUUUUUAUCGAAAUAUGGAGAGCAAUGGUGAUAUAAUUAAUGACUUAAAAAUAUAGGAAGCUUCUUUUAAAUAGUCUGUAAACUUUGCUAAAUUAUAAUUAUAAAGCUUUCCCUUCUAAUUCCGUAAUACAAUUACUGACAAUAUAUAAGCGCCAUCUCUAUUCAGCAUUCGAACUUAUUAUUUCUGUAGCUUAGUCUUUGUAAAUUCCCCUAGGUGGCGCUAUAAGAAAGAUUAUUUUCAGGCUGUACAACAGAUCUGAAUUUUUGAAAAUAAUUUUUUGUCGCUAGAUGGCAUUGCAUACAAGUUAUUGAAAUAGCUUUUAAAUACAGGGAACGCGCAAAGUUAAUUAAAAUUCGAGAUUAUUGUAAUUUUAAUCAAUGACUUAGAGGUAUUAUGCUUUUGUGUUUUCUUCUUAAAAUAAGUCGUAAAUAUAAUUUAGUUUUAAGAACACGAUCUCGAAAUGUGAAGAAGUAUUUUGUGAGGUAUUUUGUAGAAACUUAUAGGUACCUCAAAGAAAAAGUAGAUGUCACUUAUUUAUAGGAUCAACGCCAUCUGUUGGUAGUAAAGACAGGUUAUGAUACAGUGACAACGAUUGAGAUGAUUCUGAAAUGUAAAAUAAGUUGUGUUUAAAUAAAUAAAACUUGCAGCAGCGCGACAGUCGCUGUUUCGUGUAU